UAUUUUAACAACUAUUUUAGCUUCAGUUUCAUUUGUAAGAACGAGUAUUAUAAAGUCUGUGAGCAGUGACGAGUUCUAACACUCUAACAAAGUUGUGGAAGAGGUUGUAUGAAUGUUAGAUGCUCUGGCGCCUGGAGCUGGUUGUCGUAAUUUGUAAGUUAUGCAACCAGCAAUUCGCCUCGUGUGCUCCGCAUGUUGCGUGUGGCAGCCCUGUUUUUUGACGUUUGCUUGACAGUUCGAUUUUUUGUUCGUCCAACCCAUCAAACAUGAAUCGUAAGAACCGUGUCCUUAUCACCUGAUGAAAGUGUCUCCCAGUUAGCAAUACGUUCCCGAAAUGAAGAAAUACAAGACCAGGUAGUACGUCACAUAUAUGACUGAUAUGACGCCAGCUGCCGAGCAGUGGUCCAUUUAUUCCGCUGCUCAAAACCUUCCAGCCGUUCUCAACGACCCCAAUCGUGGCAAGCAGUCAAACUUCUUCGUCAAGACAUGGGGCGACGCGUUCGUGGAGAAGAGCCACAUCGAGAAGAGCCCCUUCCUCCCCGAAAUCAACUACUCUCACUUCGACAGCUACUUUCGCAAAAUCGGAAAGCGCUACAAGCGGCAUGUGCGCUUCGCGCAGACCAAACUCGAGGCCAACCACGUGAAAGCCCGCAAGAACGAGCUAGUAAACGGCGAAGUGAGCGUGGAAAGCGUCCCCGAGAUUUUCCUGCGCCAGAGUUUCCCGCUGAACGACCCGGCGGUUUUCUCGCAGGUGUUCCGCGGGAACGACAGGAACCAAGAUCACCUCCUCCAGGAAGAACUGAGCCACUACUUGGACAUAGUUGAGGUGCAAAUCGCCAAGCAGGUGUCGCAGAAAUCCGACGCGUUUUUCCACGCCAUGACUUCGCACGACACCAUCAUGGAACAAAUGGGAGUGGCCUCGAAUGAAGUGAAAACCCUGCGCUCGAAAGUACAAAAAGUCGACAAAACUCUAGCCAAGGAUUCGCUAAAACUGAUCGGGUUGGCUAGGUCCAAGAACAACCACGUGAAACUUGUGGACAAAUUAAAAUUAAUGGCUACAGUGCUGCAGACGCAGCCUACUCUUCAGCUGCUUUUGAGUUCGUCGGAUUACGUGGCGGCGCUGGAGCUCAUUUCGAGCACGCAGGAAGUUCUCUCGAAGGAGUUGGCUGGGGUGACGAGUUUGAGGCAUUUGCCGUCGCAGCUGAAGGAGAUGUCAAAGCUUAUUGAUAAGAUGCUUAGUACGGAGUUUGAGAGGUACGCGGCGGCGGAUUUGCACAGGCCGCUGGAUGCGAACGGCGGGGUGUUGGACCAGGAGCGGCUCGUCAGUCUGGUGGCGGGGUUGUUGCGGCAGAACCACUUACAGUUUUUGGAGACUUAUAAGCAGGAAGCGGUUACAGCUGCCCAGACUUUGUUGAAGCAGUUGCUGAUUGAACAACUGGCGGAUGUGGAGGAUGAUAUGGAGCACUGUCUUACGGGGUCUGUGGAGGUGGCGCCCACGAUGGACGCGGCGCACUGGCUGACGGUUUUGACCCUUGCUAGUCACGCCCUUGGUAAACUAGUCCAGCGUGUGAAAGCCGUCCACGACGUAAUCAAAGCCACCGCCGACACCAGCGCCGGCCUCAGGUCGUCUCCCCCCCUGCGCGACACCGAGCGUUUCCUCUCCCUCGAAGACCACAACCGCGUCGAAGUGAAACUCAAAGACUUACUAAUCUCCAUCUGUGAUUACUGCCACGAGCGACUCGCCUCCCUCGUGAGCACCCAAUCCGACAAGCAAACCAUCACCGCGACCCAGAUCACCGAACUCUCCGCCAUCGUCGACAGCUUCACCGAACUCUGCGAGAAGAUCUGCGGCCGCCAGAGCGCCGCCCUCCGCGCCGCCUUCAAAAUCCAAGCCGGCAACUACGUAAACAAGUUCCACAGCCAGCGCAAGAACAAACUCACCAUGCUGCUGGACGCCGAGCGCUGGAAGGUCGCCGAAGUGCCUCAGGAGAUCCAGCUCCUGGUCGACAAGCUCGCCGUCGGCGACGUGCGCUCCCUCCCCAGCUCCCCGUCGGAGGAAACCACCGUCGACGAGAAGCUGAAAAAACCGGCGCCGUACCUCAGGAUCGGCAGCCAGGAGUACACCGCCGUGGGGACGGUGCUCAUCCUCGUCCAGCUGGUGUGCGAGUACUGUGUGUGCGCGCAUAACUUGCAGUGGCUGGCGCCCAUCGUGGGCCGGAACUUGACGGAACUGUUGAGAACGUUCAACUCGAGGAGUUGCCAGUUGGUGCUGGGUGCGGGCGCGUUGAAGACGGCCGGGCUGAAGACGAUCACCACGACGAACCUGGCGCUGACGUCGAGGUCGCUGCAGGUGGUGCUGUGGAUGAUACCGCAUAUUCGGGCGCACUUUAAUGGCUUGACGAGCGAUCCGUUGGGGGGGUUCGAUGGGGUGGAGAGGGAUAUCGGGCACCACAUCCAGCAGCUGGAGACUAAAGUGCUCUCGAUUAUGAAUUCGCUCCUGGGGGAUCAGUUGAACGAGUGGGACGCGAAACCGCCGGUUCCGUCGAAGGCGUUCCGGAAUGUGUCGAGGCAUCUGACGAAGCUGCACGAAGCAGUGAGCUCGGUGCUUCCCGAGGAACAGGUGACCGACAUCUACGAGAUCAUCCACAAGAAUUUCAAAAGUCGCCUCCGGGAACAACUCGUCAAAAUGAAUAUCCAGAAUAACGGCGGUCCCCAGCACGGAGUCGUCACUACCGAAAUAAUAUUUUACUUACAGACAAUGAAGACUAUAAAAGUGUUACCCGAAAAGUAUUUAUCGGAUAAAGCCAUGGAUGAUAUUUGGAUGAGGUAAUAAAAAUUUAGUUGCGAAUACCAUGUACAUUAUUUAUGAAGCUUGUAUAAAGUCUGUAUGGAUACGAAUGUCUGGAUUUUGUUGUUGUUUUUCAUUAAAAGACAAAGAUUAA